AUGCCCAACGAGAUGAUGGUAAAUACGUCUAACAGAGGUGACACACACUCGGUAACUACAAGGUUCGUCGAACAAACGAAGCUUUAUUCUUUGAAGCAAGAUAUAUCUUACGCUGCAUCAUCUUCCGAAUCUGCCCGUCCCGGGACGCUCGGCGGACGCCUGCCCGCCCGUCCCGGGACGCUCGGCGGACGCCUGCCCGCCCGUUACCCAGGACCCAGCGGCAGACGCCUGCCCGCGGCCCGGGACGCCCUCCCGGCCCGGACGCCUGGGCCCGCCCGGUCCCGGGGGACGCGGGCGGAACCCGGGCCUGGCGGGUCCCGGGACUGCGGGCCGGGACGCCUGCCCGCCCGUCCCGGGACGCUGGACGGGCGGCAUGCCCCAACCCCAACCGACGCCCCCCCUCCCGGCCCGGGCCCCGGGCCCUGCCCGCCCCGUCCCGGGACGCCUCCCCGGGCCCGGCGACUGCCGCCCGUCCCGGGACGCUCGGCGGACGCCUGCCUGCCCGUCCCGGGACGCUCGGCGGGCGCGCUAUGCCCGUCCCGUCCCGGGGACGCUCGGCGGCGCCUGCCGCCCUCCCAGGACCGCCGGAGGGCGCUGCCCGCCCGUCCCGGGAUUACUCUCGCGGGCGCCUGCCCGGCCCGUCCCGGGACGCUCGGCGGCGCGCUGCCCGCCCUCCCGGGACGCUCGGCGGCUCCGGCCCGCACGUCCCGGGACCCGCGGCGGGUCGCCUGCCAGCCGUCCCGGGACGCUGGCGGGGCCUCUGCCCGCCCGUCCCGGGCCACGCGCCGGCGGACGCCUAGCCCGCCAGUCCCGGGACGCUCGGCGGGCACCUUGCCCCCCCCCCGCCCGUCCCGGGACGUCGGCGGGCGCCUGCCCGCACCCGUCCCAGGACCAGCGGCGGGCGCCUGCCGCCCGUCUCCCGGGACGCCGGGCGGGCUCCUGCCCGCCCCGUCCCGGGACCCGGGCGGGCGCCUGCCCGCCCGUCCCGGGACGCUCGGCGGCGCCCUGCCCGCCCGUCCCGGGACGCUCGGAGGGGGCGCCUGCCCGCCGUUCCCGGGACGCUCGGCGGGCGCCUGCCCGCCGUCCCGGGACGCCGGCGGGCGCCUGCCCGCCCCGGUCCGGGAACGCUCGGCGGGCGCCUGCCCGCCCGUCCCGGGACGCUCGGCGGACGCCUGCCCGCCCGUCCCGGGACGCUCGGCGGAGCCUGCCCGCCGUCCGGACGCUCGGCGGGACGCUGCCGGGCCGUCCCGGGCCGCUCGGCGGACGCCUGCCCGCGUCCCGGGACGCCGGGGGGCGCCUGCCCGCCCGUCCCGGACGCUCGGCGGGCGCUGCCUGCCCGUCCCGGGACCCUCGGUGGGCGCCAGCCCGCCCGUCCUGGGACGCUCGGCGGGCGCCUGCCCGCCCAACCCGGGACGCUCGGCGGGCACCUGCCCGCCCGUCCUGGGACCCGCGGCGGGCCUCGCCCGCCGCUCCCUGCACAGUGUAACAGCUAUUUUGUACCUUAGAAUCAGAAUAUGCCACUGCAUCUUCUCAAUUCUCCUGGGUAUUCUCUGA